AUGGUGGAUAAUCCAGAUAAAUUGAAUGUGAUCUGUUUGCGUAAAUUUGUCUCUUUGUUAAAAUCUGACCAAUUAGUUUGGAAAAAACAAAUCGAAGAAGACAUUGAAAACAUUCAGCAUAAUCAAAAUCGUUAUUCCAGGCAAUCAUUGAAUUAUCACCAACCACAUUUCCUUCAACACUUUCGUCAUGGAUUUGGCCCCUUGAAUUCCAUGUUAUCUGAUCAUUUGAUGAACUAUUUGGCUACUAACGACUAUCUGAAUGAUUACACACUUUCGCUCUUCUCAUCCAAUAUUACUUGUCUAAAAAGAGUCGUGAUCAAUGUGAAAUACCUAAGUCGAUUGCAAUGUCAUAUAUUCAAUCAACAUCCACACUUGAUUCAACUAGAUAUUACUUUUCAAGAUCACAAUUCUAUUCGAACGAAUCCGAAAGCUAUUGAACUCUUUUGCCAACACGUAUGUCCGUCAAUCGAUUCAAGUUUCGACAAGAUCUUCACUGUGUACAGUCCAAUGAUUCUCCAUCACAAACAUUCACAUCAACAACGUGAAUCACGACGAACAUCCACUUCGAGUAAUUCUCCAUCAAUAUAUACUCUUUGGCCGUCGGAGGAGUUCUCACAUCAUAAAAUUCUGAAUGAAAUCUUGUCGAAUAUUCAUCCAAUGACCAUUGAACGUCUGAAAAGUUUGAGUCUUUCACACUACAAAUUCUUUACUAGUUCAAAUACAACUCCUGCACGACAAUACUCGGCAGCAGACAUGUCACCAAUAGCUAAAUUGUCUACGCGUUAUGCAUCGUCAAUGACAACGCCAGUGAAUUCAAUUCCUACGAAUCUUCUUUUACUAUUGAAGUUCAAUAAUCUAACAGCCUUGAAUAUCAGUUCGACCGAUUUACGAACACCGUGUUUUGAUAUUAUUAUCAAUACAUUAGAUAAACUCGAUACAUUGGAUUUGUCAUCCUGUCGAUCGAUAAAACUCUUCAAUUCACUCUUAAGAUUAUCAUCGAAACUGAAAUGGCUCAAUCUAUCAAAUUGCUCUUUCAAUUUUCAACAAAAUCCAACCAUAUACCACAUCUUAUAUGAAUUGAAAUGCUUAGAAUAUUUGGACUUAAGUAAUGAUAUUUCAGCUAAUGAGAGUAACUUGCAUCCGGUAAUUGACCUCAAUAGUGAUCUCAACCGAUUUUUAAGCGAUACGCAUUGUUUGCCACGUCUAAAACAUUUUGAUAUCAGUGGAUUAAAGACAGUUUCAUCAAUCUCAUUAAACAAAUUCCUGUUGAAUCAUUCGAAUUUACAAUUCUUGGGUCUAUUUUUAACAAAUGAAAAAUAUUCACCCUGUGUAUUUGAUUCAAACGAUCUGUGCUAUUCGAAAUAUCGUCAUUAUACUUAUGAUAUUCAGCAUAUAGAACAAAUCGCAUUGACGGAAAAUGAUCUCGUUCUGUAUGAACCUUAUCUAAUCGAAGCACUGAAGCGUUAUCAACACCGACAUGUUUUUGUACAGAAAAUUCUCUCCUAUUUCUUUUUUCUUACACGUGCAUUUCAAUCAACACAGCCACACCUUCUCAUUGAACUCAUUUAUCAUAUCAUGUCACUUCAUGCAACUAUCCAGACGGUACAAAUGGCUUCAACAGCAUGUCUCUACAAUCUAACGCGAACACCAACAAUAGAGCAGAUUCAUGUUAAGCACUUAACACAAAUUGUAAAUGCAACAGUGGAUGUCAUGGAAACAUUUCCUACUCAUCAACAGUUACAAAAGAAUUGUAUUUUAAUACUAUGUAGUGACAGAAUUCUGCAUGAAGCACAUUUCAAAUUUUAUCUAUUGGCAACAUUAGUCAUGCAGAAUUUACAUAGUUACACAGAUUUAGCGAUCAUACAAACAGGAAUUGCAGUUCUGUCGUUACUAACAACAAGAUUAACGAUCGAUGAAUGUACUCAUUUGGGGUCGGUAACCAAUUUGAAACGACUACUUCAAGUAAUCGAACAACAGAUUGAUCGUCUACAAACAAUGCAAAUAACUGAAAACCAGCAAGCGAAUAUUCCAAAUAAUGAGCAGACAAUAAAUGAUAUCGAUAUGCUACUGAAUAAUCCGCCCCAACUAGCAAGUGAUGAUACCUUACGUUUUUGUCUUAGUUUACUCUGGAAUUUAACGGAUGAAAAUGCAAUCGUUUGUGAAAACUUCAUACAAUCAAUGGGUCUCGAACUAUUUCAACGUCUUCUUCAUUUGUUUACAUCAGAUACCAUCGUAUUAACCAAAAUCGUUGGAUUGCUAAGUAAUAUCGCAGAAGUACCACGUUUGAAAACCUAUCUCUAUUCCAUUGGCAUUGUUUCAUCAAUACAGAAGUAUAUAAACGAAGCAGUAUUAGAUGUUGCCUUUUCAGCAACAGGCAUUUUUGCACAUUUACUCUAUGAUCAAAAAGAAGAUGAGAUCGAUUUUGACUUGUGUGAGCAAAUGAUGAACGCCAUUCGAUCAUGGCAAAAUCCGCACACAAACAUGGUGACAUACAGAUCUUUUAAACCAUUUCUUCCAUUACUCUAUUGUACACGCGUACCAGUGGUUCAACUAUGGGCGAUAUGGGCUAUACAUCAUGUUUGUAGUACAGAUCGAAAUCGGUAUGUUCGGAUGAUUCACGAAGAGAAUAUCUUGGAAAUAAUCCAUACACUGUAUGAUGAUCAAUUGUCCAAUGAUUAUCCAGAUACAUUUCUACUUGAAUUACUUCAUUCGAUCCUUCAUCUUGUAAAACGUUACGAUUCGAAUCAUCAUCACAAAUCUUCUGCUGUUGCCAGUUAA